UGUGAUGAAGAGACUAAAAUGCUACCCAAAAAAAUAAAAAAGAGCUAAAUGGGCUGAUAAUGUACUUUGGAAACUACACCGCUGCUUCAUUUCUCAUGGAAUUUGAAAUGCAACAAUUUGGCUCUCAUUUUCCUUAUAUAAUCCCAAAACGCACUCUCUCAAGUUAAGCGUGGUUGCGUUUUGGGUUUCAGAGAGAGAGAGAGAGAGAGAGAUGGACUACAACCUAGCUGCUCUGAAGCUGCUGUGUGUCCAACUGAAAGACGCGCAAGAAACUUCUUCCGAGAAUGCCAUGGAAUUGCACAACAUCAUAUUCCAACGUGCCUGGUUACAGGGCAUUUUGGUCCACAUCUCCGCCGACGGAGAGUGCUUGUAUCUCGACGACGGCACCGGCGUCAUCGAGCUCUCCCUCAGACCCGAGUUUCGCGGCCGCCCUUGGAAUAUCGGAAUGUAUGUAAUGGUUGUUGGACGCUACAUGGUCCGUGCGGAUGAGCCCCCAAUGAUCCAGGUUCACAAGAUGGUUGAUCUUUCGGCUUCCCCUGAUCGAGAGGCAAUGUGGUACCUUGAAGUUUUGGAGGCGUACAAAAUGUUCUAUCGGCCCUUAAUGGAAGGACCUGUGUAACCUUGUUUUUUCUUUUUUGUUUUUCGUAGACGAUUUAGCAGAGAUAGAAAGAUGAUUUACCACAUGUGCAGAUCCCAAACAAAGAAAAUUUUGUUUUUAUUAAGUGCCUAAACAAGGUGAAGACCCUUCACAUUUUGAACUCUUUGUUUGACAAAAUGUCACAUGUACAAGAUCGGGGUUGAUAGUUACAUAGCUCAUACAGACCCUGGAGUACCUUUGAACUGAUCAUAUUUGGCCCCUCUGCUUAGUUUAUGAGUACUUUGUAUGAUAAGGUGGACGGUAGGU